ACGCUCUUAGCGGUCAUGGGUCGAUGCGUGGAAGUCGAAAAGUCUCGAAGGUAUGAUUCCAGAACUACUAUUUUCUCUCCUGAAGGGCGACUCUAUCAGGUGGAGUACGCCAUGGAGGCCAUAGGUCAUGCAGGCACAUGCCUGGGCAUCCUUGCCAAAGAUGGUGUGCUACUAGCCGCUGAGAGAAGAAACACAAACAAGCUUCUAGAUGAGCUUGCCUACUCUGAGAAGAUUUACAAAUUGCACGAUGACAUGGCAUGUAGCGUGGCUGGGAUCACUUCUGAUGCAAAUGUGCUGACGAAUGAACUGCGACUCAUAGCCCAAAGAUACAUGUUACAGUACCAAGAGCCUAUUCCAUGUGAACAAAUGGUCAGCACCUUGUGUGAUAUCAAGCAGGCCUAUACACAGUUUGGAGGUAAGAGGCCCUUCGGUGUGUCAUUGUUGUACAUGGGAUGGGAUAAGCAUUAUGGGUUCCAGCUCUACCAGAGUGACCCGAGUGGAAACUAUGGAGGAUGGAAGGCCACCUGUAUAGGCAAUAAUAGUGCUAACGCAGUGUCAAUGUUAAAGCAGGAGUACAAAGAGGGAGGAACCAGUUUACCUGAGGCUCUUGAUCUCUCCAUCAAAGUUCUGAGUAAAACUUUAGAUAUGACCAAACUCACAUCAGAAAAAGUGGAGAUUGCCACAUUGACCAGAGAAGACGGGAAGACGCGUAUCAAGAUAUUGCCUGGUUCAGAAGUUGGUGAACUUAUUAAAAAAUAUGAGGCCGAGGAAGCAAAAGUAGAGGCAGAGAAAAAGAAAGACAAGCCUUCAACAUCAUCUUGAUUUCAUGUCAGAACUUUACAAUUUCUUUGUACUGUUAUUUUGUCAGUUGUCGCAAACUUUCAUCAAGUGCUGUUGUCUGGCCCCUUUUAUUUGUUGAGAAAGAACAGAAGUUUUUACAUGUACCUCUGGCUGUAAUUUGUCUUGGUAAAAGUGCACAGCCGUAGCUAGAUAGUUUUGAAGAAAUUUCCAAGCGUAGACACCAUUGUUUUGGCAUGUGUUUAAUUUACUGGAAAGGAAAAGUAGCACGUUACUUGCAUCCUCAAAGCAUUUGCAGUCAUGUCACUGUGACAUUUUGAUUUUGGAAUUGUCAUAAGAAACUAACUAUCUCUAAACUGGAUGUUUGCAAGAAAACAAAGUCAGGAUCUACAAAGUAAACUAUCGCAGUUUAAUACUACAGGGGCCGAUUCCACAAAUCUAUUUCAUAGGUCAAAUUUUAAGAUCAUAUCACAAACGCUUAAGUUGUGGUUGUGAAAAUUGAAAUUUUGUAGCAGUGGUCUUGAGACAGCAUUUAUGCAGUGGUCAAUGUUUUAAUUUCUAGUGCCUAAUAAUAACCUCUAAAACCUUAUUUCACAUGUCAGGAAUGGCUUUGGCGAAAUUGGUACCAAGAUUGUAAUAGUUUAUAAAAUUUCCUGCUGUUACACAAGUCAAAUUGUUUUUGUUCAAUCAGAUAAAGCUGUCCGUCUGCUGAUAAAUGACCCAUGGUAGAUGGAUUGAAAUUAGCAUAGCACUACAGAAUCGUCCAUAAGCUUUUCUGGUAGUUAAUCUUCAAUUUUACUAUGAAUUUUCAGUCAAAAGGCUUGCUUGAUCCAGUCUUCUUUUACAGACCAAUUCUUCACUAAGUCUUAAAAAGUCUUCGAAUGGAAUGGCAUUAUUGGUGGAAUACUUUGUGCUGAAUUCAAAAUAAUGGGUGCAUUUAUGUCAACAAAGUGACAUGUGGCAAACUUCACUUUCCCGCAGUAUGUCAAUUUUAUUCAAUGAAAACACGUGUACCCUAAGGAAGAGAGCUACUUGUAAUUUGUGACCCCAGCCCCAUCGGUCCUUGUCAAGACGGCCAUACUUAUUGCUUGUUAUGAAUUUCUUUUUCAUGACACAUUACUUCUCUAAAAGAAUGUCGUGCUAUUCAUGUCAAUAAACACAUGUAUGGAGUUUUUGAUUUCGUGUUCAGACCUUUGGAAAAUUGACUUUAUCGACGAUACAAAUUUUGUCAUGAGGCAAUUUUAUAUGGGAUGUUAGCACCGUACGUCCUCAUCUCAAGAAAUAAUUGUACUUGUGUCUUACGUUAAACAUAUGAUCUUUUAUAUUGAUUUC